AUGAAAGUGACUAUAACAUGGAUAUUUACCGCCAUCGCUAUUACUAGUCAGGCGUGCGUAAAAGCAGCCUCCUGCCGAAGCUUGCGAGAAGAGCCAAAGACCCUGGAUGAUUGUUUUAACGAGUUCAAAAACCCGAUCGCAGCGCUGGAUUUGGAUACGUUCCGCGAAAAUGUGAAGGGAUGUGCAUGGACCGGCCAUUUGAACACUGAUACUGAUUCUAUCGCAGGGGCUAUAGGUGCCGCGGACCUGUUCGAUGGCAUCGCAGCGCGAUCGAGCGAAAUGAACGAUGAGUCCAAAUGGGUGUUGGAGCAAUAUAAUUUGACCGCGCCUGAAUACAUUGGUGAUUUUCCAGAUAAGAGUGUUUGUCUUGUGGAUGUGAACCAGAUCACACAGCUCCCUCAGGAUCUGGAUACAAAUCGAAUCGUAGGGAUUGUGGACCAUCACGCUCUACAAUCCAGUACAGUGGUAAUUGAUACGCCCGUUCGUAUAGACAUUAGGCCCGUGGGAAGUGCCUCUACCAUAGUUGCGACCUAUUACGGCUCCGCAAACAAACCCAUGAGUGAGGUCAUAGCAGGUGUAUUGAUGAGCGCUAUUCUUUCGGAUACACUGAAUUUGAAUUCGCCUACGACAACAGAACUCGACAAGAUGAUGCUUACAUGCCUGGCGAAGCAAUCUAAGACGAGCGAUCUCGAUUCAUAUGCCGACGCUAUGUUUAAAGCGAAAGCGAAUGGAUUCAAUAAUCUCGAUGAUGAUGAGGUAGUGCGUGCAGAUACCAAGGAAUUCGACCUGUGUGGGAACAAUGUUGUUUGGGCGACUGUGGAAACAACAGACCCCGCUUCAAUGAUGGCACGGAAAGAGGCACUCGCCGAAGCCAUGAAGAAACUGAAAAUUGAGAAAGACGCAAAGUACGUAUUCCUAUCGAUUGUUGAUAUUGUAAAUCUAAAUACUGAUUUGAUACUCAUCGGAGAAGAUGAGAGAGAACUGGCUAUCGAGGCAUUCAAAGCGCAGGUCAAUGCUGAUGAGGAACUGGUAAUGAAUAUUGGCAAUCUAGUCUCACGGAAGAAAGACUUUAUUCCUACAGUCCAAAACGCUAUCUGCGGAGAUGAAGAGUAG